AUGACCGAUUUCUGGCCCAAGAAGCCCUUCUCCAUCGCCAUCAUUGGCGGAGGCCUUGCUGGACUCAGUCUGGCUCGGGGCCUCCUCCGCCGUGGCAUUAGCUGUCAAGUGUUCGAGGCCGCGCCUGCGUUCGCUGACAUCGGAGCGGGUCUCAGCUUUGCCCUCAAUUCUUUGGAGGCACUGAAAGCCGUCGAUCCCGACUCCUACGAAUGUUUCCUCAAGCGAUGCAACGAAAUGUCGGAGAAGAAGGACGUAUACAUGACGUACCGAGACGGGAACGCAGAAGACAACCACCCGCUUACAACACUGUACUGCAAAGGUUCGGGCCAGCAGGCCGUGCACCGUACACUGCUAGUCAAGGACAUGGUGUCCUUGAUGCCUGAGGGCACAUGGCAUAUGGAUAAGAGGCUGACAACCAUCGAGGAGAAUCCAUCCGGCGGAGUUAGCUUGAGCUUCGAGGACGGUACAAUGUUUGACGCCGAUGCUGUGGUCGGGGCGGAUGGGAUCAAAUCUAGAACUCGACAAAUCCUCUUGGGAGCAGACAAUCCCGAUGCGAAGCCGAAGUAUUCCGGAGAGUUCGGCUACCGCAGCCUUGUGCCCAUGGACAAGGCUGCAGCGGUUUUAGGCGAAGACUUCGCCAAGAACGGCAAUGUUAAUAUUUCAGAUGGCGCCCUUACAACGACGUACCCUGUCGAAAAGGGCACCAUGCUCAAUGUUGUGGCAGCGCGCGACCAACCAACCUGGGAUGAUCCAAGCUGGGUUAUUCCGGCAAAUAAGGAGAUGGUCGAAGAGGAAUUCAAGGAAACUGGACCACAGAUGCAGAAAGUCGUGUCUCUGUUGGAGAACCCGCAAAAAUGGUCGCUUUGGCACCACCCAGACGCCACUACCUUCUAUCGUGGCCGAUUCUGCAUUAUUGGUGAUGCUGCGCACGCGGCCACUCCUCACCAAGGCGCAGGUGCCGGACAAGCGUUCGAAGAUGCUUUGGUUCUGGCUCGACUUUUGGCGGAUGAUAACAUCAAAACGGCCGAUGAUAUUCAAACCGCAUUUGCUGCAUUCGACGCCAUCCGCCGACCACGGACUCUGAAGAUUGUCGACACUAGCAGAGAAAAUGGCGAAAUCUGCAUGAAAAAGGGUGAGGAUACAGGGGCAGACCUCGAAAAGAUCAAGAAUAAUCUAGACCACCGCUUUAACUGGAUCUGGUACGACAACCUCGAGGGACAGGUUGAGGAGGCCAAGGAUAAGUUGAAGGAUUUGAAAGGUCCAGAAUUUGAGGAAGACAAGCGAUCUCCCUCACAGCGCGAGGCUCUCGAUGAGUCGACUCUGGAAGCCUCUUACCGACCCGCAAUUCUCAGGAACGAGAGCCUUUCGCAGUUGGGUGCUCCGUCAACCCAAGCUGUGAAAGUGUGA